GAUGGCCUCAGCCCAAGAAAAAUCAGAACGGACUCUCAAGACUCAAGAGCUCUUCCUAUUGCAGAACUUAGCUACAGAAAACAGAAAAUCAAACACCUAAGCUACAGAAAAUCAAAUCCUCUGCAGAAACCAUCUGCCAUGAGCUCCCCAAAACCACCCCCAAAAACCCAGUUUUGAAAUUUUGUUUUCCCACUGCAAUAGCUGCCAUGUCUACUGCCUUUCAAAUCUCCAUCCACUUCUCUGUUCUCAACACCAUCUCUGAUGACCCCACCAAGAGAAAAUCCUUUUUUGGGCUAAAAUCCCAGCAACCCAUCAACGGUUUCUCUCCCCCAAGAAUCAAGUUGAAAGCUUUGGGAGGAAGAUGCUCUUUAUGGAGGGAGAGCAUUGAGAAAGAUGGGUUUUUGAUGGGGAAGGAGAAAAAUCAGAAGAGGGUGGUUUUGGUUAGAGUAAACCGAGGGUUUGGAUUUGGUGGUGGUGGUGGUGGUGGUGGUGGGAGAGAUAACAGCAACACUGCAAGGGUGUUGGGGAAUCUUGCUUUGGCUAUUGGGCUUACCUAUCUUUCAAUGACAGGGCAGCUUGGUUGGGUUUUGGAUGCAAUUGUUUCUAUUUGGCUUCUUGCAGUGCUUCUACCAAUUGCAGGGUUGGGUGCUUUCUUGUGGUUUGCAGGACGAGAUAUUGUUCAAGGAAGUUGUCCGAACUGUGGAAACGAUUUCCAGAUUUUCAAAUCUUCUUUAAAGGAUGGAGUGCAGUUCUGCCCAUUUUGUACUCAACCUUUCUCAGUUCAGGACGACAAAUUUGUUAGAGAAUCUGCUAAGUUUUCUUCCGAGCCGUCUCCGACGUUUGGACAGGCCUUUAAUGGUUUUUCACGCCGCACUGAGAAAGGAAAAUCUUCUUCAGUGACAGUUGUGGACAUUGAAGCUGAAGUGAAGGACAUCGACUAAUCGCGUCUAUCAUGUCCAAAAUACCUAGUAUGUGCAUUACAAGGAAAAAUACUAAAUGGAGGAAACACAGUUUUAUAGGAGGUGAGCAACAGUCCCGCAUUUCUAUGUAAAUGCUCAGGAAUCUGGGUUUUCUUCUAGCAUGCUGCUGUAGAGAAUAGAGGGAGGAAAGACGUGCAUUUUUACUUGUGAAAAGUUACGCAACAUGGGUUUUCUAUAUGGCAUGCUACUGUAUAUUAUCCAUCUAUUUGUUCUGCAGGAUCUGCUUCUUGCAACAAAUUUAUUUAUUUUUGGCCUUUAUUGAUUGAACUUUCGAAAAACAUUUAUGAUGAAAAUAAAUUUGUAAUUAGUUAAUGCAAAGGAGGUAUUAUCAAAUCAGCUUCUGAAAUGUGGCGAGCAAAAGACGGUUUUGGAUUACGUUUUCUUUUUAACCAUGUCUUGAGGGUUGAAUGCAAAGGUAAUCAUCCAAUUUUAAUUAUGCUACAUGUCUAUGUUGAAGACAAACCAUGGAUUUCUUUUU